CUGUCUGGCGGGCCGUUUGGGCUUGGGAGCCUCCCGGGGACUACUCCAGCCUUGGUCCCCUCAGCCACUCUGCCCCAAGAUGGGCCGUGGGGCCGGCCGUGAGUACUCGCCUGCUGCCACCACCGCAGAGAAUGGGGGCGGCAAGAAGAAACAGAAAGAGAAGGAGCUGGAUGAGCUGAAGAAGGAGGUGGCCAUGGAUGACCACAAGCUGUCCCUGGAUGAGCUGGGCCGCAAGUACCAAGUGGACCUGUCCAAGGGCCUCACCAACCAGCGGGCCCAAGACGUCCUGGCUCGAGAUGGACCCAAUGCCCUCACUCCACCUCCUACAACCCCUGAGUGGGUCAAGUUCUGUCGCCAGCUUUUUGGGGGCUUCUCCAUCUUGCUGUGGAUCGGGGCCAUCCUCUGCUUCCUGGCCUUCGGCAUCCAGGCUGCUAUGGAGGAUGAGCCAUCCAAUGACAAUCUCUAUCUGGGUGUAGUGUUGGCAGCUGUGGUCAUCGUCACUGGCUGCUUCUCCUACUACCAGGAGGCCAAGAGCUCCAAGAUCAUGGAUUCCUUCAAGAACAUGGUGCCUCAGCAAGCCCUCGUGGUGCGGGAGGGAGAGAAGAUACAGAUCAAUGCAGAGGAGGUGGUGGUGGGAGACCUGGUGGAAGUGAAGGGUGGAGACCGCGUCCCUGCUGACCUUCGUAUCAUCUCUUCUCAUGGAUGUAAGGUGGAUAACUCAUCCCUCACAGGCGAGUCAGAGCCCCAGACCCGCUCCCCUGAGUUCACCCAUGAGAACCCCCUGGAGACCCGCAAUAUCUGUUUCUUCUCUACCAACUGUGUUGAAGGCACUGCCAGGGGCAUCGUGAUUGCCACAGGUGACCGGACAGUGAUGGGCCGCAUAGCCACUCUGGCCUCAGGCCUAGAGGUUGGGCGGACCCCCAUAGCCAUGGAGAUCGAACAUUUCAUCCAGCUGAUCACAGGGGUGGCUGUGUUCCUGGGAGUCUCCUUCUUCGUGCUCUCCCUCAUCCUGGGCUACAGCUGGCUGGAAGCAGUCAUCUUCCUCAUCGGCAUCAUUGUGGCCAAUGUGCCUGAGGGGCUGCUGGCCACUGUCACUGUGUGUCUGACCCUGACAGCCAAGCGCAUGGCGCGCAAGAACUGCCUGGUGAAGAACCUUGAGGCGGUGGAGACGCUGGGCUCCACCUCUACCAUCUGCUCUGACAAGACGGGCACCCUCACCCAGAACCGCAUGACCGUCGCUCACAUGUGGUUUGACAACCAGAUCCAUGAGGCAGACACCACAGAAGACCAGUCUGGGGCCACUUUUGACAAACGAUCCCCCACGUGGACAGCCCUGGCUCGGAUUGCUGGUCUCUGCAACCGUGCUGUCUUCAAGGCCGGGCAGGAGAACAUCUCUGUGUCUAAGCGGGACACAGCCGGUGAUGCCUCCGAGUCAGCUCUGCUCAAGUGCAUUGAGCUGUCCUGUGGCUCAGUGAGGAAGAUGAGGGACAGGAACCCCAAGGUGGCAGAGAUUCCUUUCAACUCUACCAACAAGUACCAGCUGUCCAUCCAUGAGAGAGAAGACAGCCCCCAGAGCCACGUGCUGGUGAUGAAGGGGGCCCCAGAGCGGAUCCUGGACCGGUGCUCCACUAUCCUGGUGCAGGGCAAGGAGAUCCCACUGGACAAAGAGAUGCAAGACGCCUUCCAAAAUGCCUACAUGGAGCUGGGAGGACUGGGGGAGCGUGUGCUGGGGUUCUGUCACCUGAAUCUGCCCUCUGGAAAGUUUCCUCGGGGCUUCAAAUUCGACACGGAUGAGUUGAACUUUCCCACAGAGAAGCUCUGCUUUGUGGGGCUCAUGUCUAUGAUUGACCCUCCCCGGGCUGCAGUGCCAGAUGCUGUGGGCAAAUGCCGGAGUGCAGGCAUCAAGGUGAUCAUGGUGACUGGGGAUCAUCCUAUUACAGCCAAGGCCAUUGCCAAAGGCGUGGGCAUUAUAUCAGAGGGCAAUGAGACGGUGGAGGACAUUGCGGCCCGGCUCAACAUUCCUGUGAGUCAAGUCAACCCCAGAGAAGCCAAGGCGUGCGUGGUGCACGGCUCUGACCUGAAGGACAUGACUUCAGAGCAGCUCGACGAGAUCCUCAAGAACCACACAGAGAUUGUGUUCGCCCGGACCUCCCCUCAACAGAAGCUCAUCAUUGUGGAGGGAUGUCAGAGGCAGGGUGCCAUCGUGGCAGUGACGGGUGAUGGAGUGAACGACUCCCCUGCGCUGAAGAAGGCCGACAUUGGCAUUGCCAUGGGCAUUGCCGGCUCUGACGUCUCUAAGCAGGCGGCCGACAUGAUCCUGCUGGACGACAACUUUGCCUCCAUCGUCACGGGUGUGGAGGAGGGCCGCCUCAUCUUUGACAACCUGAAGAAAUCCAUUGCCUACACCCUGACCAGCAACAUCCCUGAGAUCACCCCCUUCCUGCUGUUCAUCAUCGCCAACAUCCCCCUCCCUCUGGGCACCGUGACCAUCCUGUGCAUUGACCUGGGCACAGACAUGGUCCCUGCCAUCUCCUUGGCCUAUGAGGCAGCGGAGAGUGACAUCAUGAAGCGGCAGCCCAGAAACUCCCAGACAGACAAGCUGGUGAACGAGAGGCUCAUCAGCAUGGCCUAUGGACAGAUCGGGAUGAUCCAGGCCCUGGGUGGCUUCUUCACCUACUUUGUGAUCCUGGCCGAGAAUGGUUUCCUACCAUCACGGCUGCUGGGAAUCCGCCUAGACUGGGAUGACCGGUUGAGGAAUGACCUGGAGGACAGCUAUGGACAGGAGUGGACCUACGAGCAGCGGAAGGUGGUGGAGUUCACGUGCCACACGGCCUUCUUUGCCAGCAUCGUGGUUGUACAGUGGGCUGACCUUAUCAUCUGCAAGACCCGCCGCAACUCAGUCUUCCAGCAGGGCAUGAAGAACAAGAUCUUGAUAUUUGGGCUCCUGGAGGAGACAGCACUGGCUGCUUUUCUGUCUUACUGCCCAGGCAUGGGUGUAGCCCUCCGCAUGUACCCGCUCAAGGUCACUUGGUGGUUCUGUGCCUUCCCCUACAGUCUUCUCAUCUUCCUCUAUGAUGAGGUCCGGAAGCUCAUCCUGCGGAGAUAUCCCGGUGGCUGGGUGGAGAAGGAGACAUACUACUGAGCCCACUGGAAGAAGAACAGGCACGGGAAAGACAGGGUGCCCUGGAGGUGUUGUGGGGAUGGUGAUGAAGAGGGGUGGAGAAAACUGGGCAGUAAUUAUGGGGAAAAUUCAGGGAGACAGAAUGAGGGAAUUCAGCAGGCUAAACUGGGGGGAGCAGGUAAAUAAACUUGGGGUGAUUGCCCCAUAGACCUAAUUGUGAACAACCAGAUUAGACACUACAUGUUAGGAUCCCUCCCUAGAACCUGCCCCACCCACCUCACUAUGUCAUGGAAUCAAGGGUGACUCCAGCUCUUCCCCGUUCCCCGUCCCUUCACCCCUACCUCCUACUAGAACAGAUCAAUAUCCAAAGGCAGGGACCUGUUUAAACC